AGAUGAGGACCCGGGGGAGGGAGAAGAACGCCCCAAAUUUAAGCCGCUCACACAGAUCGCUGCCCCUAAAAUCCCUGAGGGGGAGAGGGUGGACUUUGACGUGUGCUCCUUCAAGGAUAUCCACAGGAAAAGGAUGGAGAAAGACCUCCUGGAGCUGCAGACUCUGAUUGACGUCCACUUUGAGCAGAGGCAGAAGGAGGAAGAGGAGCUGAUUGGACUCAAAUACAGGAUUGAGAACCGGCGGGCAGAGAGAGCCGAGCAGCAGCGCGCCAGGGCCGAAAAGGAGCGGGACAGACAGACACGGAUCGCAGAGGAGAGACAGAGGAAAGAGGACGAGGAGGCGAAGAGGAGGGCCGAGGACGAUGCCAAGAAGAAGAAGGUGCUCUCCAACAUGGGAGCUCACUUCGGGGGCUUCCUGGCCAAGGUGGAGCAGAGGCGGGGGAAAAAGCAGACCGCCAGGGAAAUCAAGAAGAAGACUCUGGCAGAGAGACGCCAGCCACUCGGCAUCGAGAGCCUGAGGGAGGACGGCCUGAGAGAGCGAGCCAUGGAGAUGUGGCAGUGGAUCUACCAGCUGGAGUCAGAGAAGUUCGAGCUGACUGAAAAGACAAAGAGGCAGAAGUAUGAGGUGAGCCUUCUAGUCCGGGAACAUCACCAAAAGUGGUGUUUUAAAUAUACAUAAUUUUUU